AUGACAGGCCCACGCGAUCUUAAUGCACAAAUAGAAAGCCUUAUAAACCGACUUCAAGUUGCCACUUUUGAUGAUCCUUCUGCUGAAGAUGGUGACAAAGAUUCAAUCACAGAUGAUGAGGAGGAGGAAGAAGAAAUUAAAUCAAAAUCAUCAUCUCAGAAAAUAAGAACUUAUAGUUUUUACAGUACAGCUUCCAUGAUAAAUUUACUUGGAGAUGGCCCUCCGACUGGUACCAAAGAGACAUCUAUGGAUUUUGAUCGAAAACAACCCAAUAUCCUUUUGAUUUCUACAGCUGCUAAACACCAUUCCAAACCGGUAGUAGUUUGUACUGGCCUUUAUAAAUUAUCGCCGCUUUAUCCUUAUGAUGAAGAUUCAUUUAAUGAUCUUGUUGCUCCUGAUCCAGUAUUAAGCUUUAAUGAAGUGACGCUAUUGAAUCCUUAUUACGAUUAUGUUUCACCAGAACUCGAAAAAAUUCCGUCAAAUGAUAAAGAAGUGUUUGUCUCCGGUGUAGAAAUUUAUGAAUAUCAUGAUUUUGACAGAGAUUUACUUAAUGUCUACAUAUCUAAAGUAGACACUACUGGGUAUCGACCUUGUUCUUCGACUCCUACCAAAAAUUUGUUAACCGCCUAUAUGAAAUUCUACUUAGAAGAAACUAAUGUUAAUAGGCAACUGUUAUUGAAACGUAAAACAAUCAAAUUUAAUAUUUUUGCGCGGCCACAUCCCCAAUAUCUAUUUCACCUUUCAGAAAAAAAUCCGACGAAACGCGUAUUAAAUGACUCUGAAUUACUAAAAUGGUGGAAAAAUGUUCUUCAACAAACUUUUUUACACAACACAAUAUGUAAUUCACAAGAGAAAACUCGAAAAGAACGAGGGUGGUUUUUUUUUCCUGGAAUGUCUUCUGAAAAAAUUGCACGUACAUUUAUCAAAGAUAUUGUGAAUGGUGAAGCGGAAAAUCGCGAAAAUUUAUUCUGGCAAUAUGGAUAUCCAUAUCCGGAUGCUGAAGAAGCAAUAAAAGUUAUUCCUAGGUUUGAAGAUGACGCAAAGUCAAGAUGGUUGGACACUGCCAGGGAAUCAUCAUUAACAGUGAAGACCUUUUGGGAGUUGAUAUCUAUUGGGGGUGAAUUUGCUGGCGGAAAGCAGGCCGGCUUCUUUUGGGUUGAGGUUGCUUUAGAUGAUAAUCAAGGAUUGGCAAACAAGGAUAUAGAAACAAUACCCAUCAUUGACCAAAGUUUUAACAUGAAAAUAAAGAAAGAACUCGAGAAAGAAGUUGGUGGUGUUGUUGUUAGUGCUCACACGUAUGUUCAGGCUCUUGGAGAACUUUUCGCUCAGGAGUUCCAUUCCGAAGAGACCGCAAUUGAGUCAACUUCAUAUUGGUGUCGUUAUUUUACCGGGUUACAAGAUAAAAUUAAUCCGGAAAAUUUGGUGAUUAAAUUUACGGUGAAUAAUAGUACAACGACACAUAAUGAUGGUCAAAAGCUUAAUACUACUCCAGUUAAUAAUUUGCAAAUGCAUAUCAAAAGAAAAGCAUCAUCUUCAGUUCAAAAUGAUAGCUUAAAUUCAAAAAUAGAUUCAAAUGUCAACGUGUUGCCUCUUUCGUCAAUAAAGAGGGUUAAAAAAUAA